AUGCCGCAGUAUAGUUUUAAUGACAUUCCUCGUGUGGAAGGAGUGAAGGUGGCCAUCAUUACUGGCUCAAAUGAAGGAAUCGGCAGAAUAACCACACGUGAACUAGUAAGAAAAGGUUGGCACGUGAUUAUGGCUUGUCGAAAUGAAGAGAAAGCACAAGCAGCUAUUCAGGCCAUUCGAGCACAAAUCGGUGUUGUCGACAAUGAUAAUUUGAAACUAGACUUUAUUCAGCUCGAUUUGGCAUCGUACGAAUCUGUGAGAAACUUUGUUGAUCAAUUCCAUCAGCGACACUUGCCCUUACAUUUGUUAAUCAAUAACGGCGGUGUUAUGAUGCCACCGUUCGGUUUAACGAAAGAUGGUGAAGAACUUCAAUUCGGUACAAAUCAUCUGGGACAUUUUUUACUCGCAAACUUAUUAUUAGAUGAUCUUAAACAGAAUGUUCCAUCGCGCAUUGUAGUAUUGUCCAGCAGAGCUCAUCUCCGACAUCCUGGUAUUGAGUUUGUCGAUGAAAGAAGAAAUCAGCCGUAUCCAGAUACCGGUAUUGUCACUUAUCGAGCACGCGCUGCAACCUACGGUCAGUCGAAACUAGCUAAUAUGAUGUUUUGUAAAGAAUUAGCUGAACGUCUCGGAUCAGAAUCCAAAGUCUAUUGUAACGGAAUACAUCCCGGUGUUAUUAAAACGGAAUUAUUUCGUCAUUUACAUCCAGGUAUAACUACGCGCAUAAUGAGUCCUUUUAUGCGAACAGUUGAAAAUGGUUCAAUGACGACGCUUUACGUUGCCACACAUCCUGAUAUUGAAACCCAAAAUAUUCAUGGUGCUUAUUUCGUUCCAAGUAAGCAUAUUCCAGCUCCUUACAUUCGUCCAGCUGAAGUUGCUCCAAAUCCAGUCGUGUUAGAUAAAAAUGCGAGAGAAAGACUUUGGGAAUUGAGCAAACGUUUAACAGGUUUAACAAACACCAUUUAA